AAGCGGGCGAGAACCCCCCUGGCAUUUAGUGCUCGACACACACGAUAUGUGCAAGCUAAAAAGGAGCCGCAAUCCUGUGGAUCUUCAGCCUUAUUUAUCAGCUCCCUAUGCACGCCCUUGACUCAUUAUGGGUCCUCAAGAGUUCGAACUCAGGUCGGUGGUUACCCUCACCAAUGAUCCAGAUGGUGAGCUUCAUCGACCACGGCAAUCUUCAAGCUUAGCAAAAGACAAGCAAGUCAUUCGCUACUACAAACGCUCACUAUGGAUCUUUGUCUUCUAUCUCCUGAUUCUCGUCCUACCGUGGAUAUUCACCUGUGUUUUGAUGGUCAGGCCCAUCAACAAGGAAUCAUACUUCAACCAGGCGGGAUCGAUAGCCCCUGGAGACGUGAAAAAUUGGCACAGAUCGCGCGUUACCCUCAGCUCUCUGACGGCACUCUCAGGUGUUAUUGGACUCCCAAUAGUUUCUGGCCUCCUUGCCCAUGGAGCGGUUGUCUACACCCAGCGUCGAAACUCAGGUCAGGAAUUGAGUGUCUUGCAGCUAUUUGCGCUGGCAGAUAGAGAAUGGCUAGACCCUCGAUAUCUCUUUAAACGCCCAAGCAAGCUUAAGAGCACGGAAAGUUCACUUUACCUUUGGCUGGCGACUUUUCUCAUAUUGAUUACCGCUAUCCAACCACCUAUACAAGCGAUCCUAGUCAAAGACGAAAGGAUUGCUAUUGUGACGUGCAAAGGGCAUCCCGCAGCGUAUAACAAUUAUCAUUCGAGAGCUUGUAAGUUUCCUUUCAUGGAUUUGAAUUCCCAGAUCAUUGCGUGGGACGCGGAGCCCAUAGAUCUGAAUUUCUGCCCACAAGACAUUGUCGUCAAGAAGACCAGCCAGAAGCUACUCAGCUCCGCCAAUAGCGAUAUCCAAACCAAUUUGUGGUCUGAUGAGGCUUCUCUUGGAAAAAGCCCAAAUUACUACACGGACAAUAGGCGGACUUUUGACUGGUAUUACCAGGAGUCGUCAUACGGCAAACGCAAACACCAAUAUUAUGCAUCUUCCGUUCCCAAUGGCACCGCUACUGGAGUCUAUCGACAUCACGCGGUCAGGAUGGACUUUACAGCAAACUGCCACUUAGCCAAAAACUUCCCGAAAGAGUGCAAGGGAGACAAACCAUUCGCGCCGUCUUUCUCCGAGGGUUGGCUGAAUGUCGAUAUUUGUGCCGAGGGAAGUUACGACGCUGUGGCUUGGAACACAAGUCGAAACAAACAAGAGCGCAAUGAGACUUUGUGGUUGUCUAUGAAAUGGGAUAUUCCUGAAGGUCAAGACAGUUCUGGACAAUUUCGAAAUAAUGAUAGCUAUGUCCUCAGAUGCGAGAGUGUCUCAAAAAGAGGGUGGUUUCAGCUCCCGAACAACGCAAAUGGAGGAAAUCCUGGGCCCUUACGUGACGAGUGGCCUUCGUGGAGGGAACUCAAGUAUGAGUUCAAUGAUUAUUAUAUCACUAGUCCUCGGUGGGAUAGCGAAUUUCCAGGCGACAGGUAUCCCGCCGCAGAAAUCACGGACGAAGAACUGCAAAACUAUCGCGAUAAAUCGAGCUACGCUUACCAAGGAGCCCUCGUGCCUGGUCCACUUAUGACGGUGGCUCUGGCUAUGUUUGGAAAUUCGUCAUUCUUUCAAGCAGCUGGGGUUGCUGGCCGCGACACUUACAACCAGACCAUCCACAACAUCUGUGACAACUCGUUGUUGCCAAUGCUUGGACUGAUGCCGGACACUUACAACAUGGGCUGGUGCAGUCCAUCCGUAAGAAACCGUAAGCAUAGUCUGGAAAUGCAGGAUAUGAUUUAUUACUAUUUCAACGGUCUCAAGAACGAAGAGGCCACCGAACAAGCACUCGAAAAGGCCAUGUUCUUUGCAAACGAAGCCCUUCUCACCACCGCCGCCUCAUUGCCCCAGAAGCGCCCCAUCUUCUACAGCCCGGGAACUGCGGUCAUGAAACCAAAAAAGGAUUUAUUAGCGGUGAUCAUUGUCACUACACUAAUAGGUUUUCAAGUUACGGCGCUUUGUGUGCUGAUGUGGUUCACACAGCGUGUCCCUACGUGGACGGAUACUCUUGAUGCGGAUGCUUUGGCGCAGAUCGGAGGUCAACUGAAGGAAUGGGGAGAGCCUAGACCGGAUCUGAGGCAAAUGAAUGGUAUUGUGGGAGUUGAUGAGACUCGACAUCAGGCCGGGACCUCAUCAGUCAGACUGCCGUUGGGGGAGGAUGCUGCUUUGCAGUCAGGGUCUGUACAUUUGACACUUGGCGGGGAGGGAUUGAUCAACAGAGGAGUGAUGAAGAGGAUGCAAGUAGAUACGACUACUGUGGUCGAAGCGUGAUGAAUCUGUUUGGCAAGUAAGUUUGAGACGGUUUCGAUGUUGGGACUCCUUUUCAAGAAUCUCCCUUAAUCUUAGUACCAAUCGAUUUAAUAUUUUAUCAGGA